AUGGAGGAAAGGAUACAGUUCGACAUCAAUGAAUCCUUGAAGUAUUACUUGAGCGACCCAACCUCAGUUCCUAUCGGUGAUGCCGACCCGGAGCUGCUGGAUUGUGAAUCUGAUCCCGAUCAGCUGUCGGUGGCUUUGAUUGAUAAUGUUUUGAACCAAAUUGUGGAUGGUAUCGCCGAGAAUCCUGAAGGUCUGACCAGACCGGCUUUCUUCGAUUCUCUGCAAUUUCUUUUAAAAUAUUCCACAUUCCUUCCCACAAGGUCUCUGAGCAAACUUCUCGACUUGGUUGUUUCCGGACUAUCGGUCGAAGCGGACAUCAUCCACGGUGAUCUCGAGUCCGAAGAACAAGAUGCCGUUCAGCACCAUAAACAACUACUCGAAAUGUACGGCUUUUUACUCCAGUGGGCCCUAUCUGCUGUUGAAGUCAAAGCAGCGGAAAAACCGGCAGAGGCAGCGCCUGCACGGAGAGGAGCAGGGAAAUCGUCCAAAUCUAAAGGAAACAGCAAGGAUGGUAAUUGGGAUUGGACAUCCCAGAUCCAAAUAUCCAUGGAGACCAUGUGCAAGGUCAUGAAGCUCAAACUUGGCAGAAUUUUCCUGACGACUUCCGACCGCGACACUUUUAUUAACCUGUUCACCCGCUCUAUCUACUUAAUACUUGAAAGUGAGCUGCGAGUCAAGAGCAUGACAAUCCGUAUGCAUGCUUUCAAGGUCCUGUGCAUCGCAGUAAAGCACCAUGGUCAUGCAUUUGGUGCCCAGACCUCAAUUGUACAAAAUUUGACCUAUUUUGAGCACCUAUCCGAGCCCAUGGCUGAGUUCCUACACAUUCUUGCGGAGCAAUAUGACUACCCGCAACUGUCAGAUGAGAUUUUGAAAGAACUUGGGAAUAAAGAAUUCAACUCCAAUGAUACAAGGGGCCCAAAGUCUGUGUCAGCAUUUAUCGUGAAACUGUCAGAACUUGCGCCUCGGCUAAUCAUCAAACAAAUGACACUUCUAGCCAAACAGCUUGAUAGCGAGUCAUACACUCUCCGAUGCGCCGUGAUUGAGGUCUGUGGAAAUCUGAUCUCAGAUCUGAGUAGGCAAGAGGAACCGAGCGAAAACUACAAAACGCAAAUAAAUGCCUUCUUCGACGUUCUUGAGGAGCGUUUUCUCGACAUAAAUCCCUACUGUCGCUGCCGAGCCAUCCAAGUGUAUAUGAGAAUUUCCGAUCUUGAACAAAAGUUUCCCAAACGACGACAGGCAGCCGCAGAGCUGGCAGCAAGAAGCUUGGAAGACAAAAGCAGUAAUGUGCGACGAAAUGCAAUCAAACUGCUGGCGAAACUAGUCUCUACCCAUCCAUUUAGUGUUAUGCAUGGUGGUCAGCUUUCCUACAAAGAGUGGGCAGCCAGGCUAGAUGCCGUUGAUGCCGAGCUCAACGCACUGAGACCUCCUGAGACACCUGGCUUUGAUGGAGGCGAGCCUUCGCAUGUUGAUAGUGAAUUAUUGGAUGAUGCCACGCAAAUGCCCGAGGAGUCUCCUUCCAAGGCGCCUCGAAUGUCCGACGAGGAAAAGGCCGUGGCAAUCCAAAAAGCUGCUGAGCAGGCAGCAACUUCUGAAUUAUUGGCCCGGUUACAAUUGACAAGGAAGUACUAUAACGAGGCCAUUCGUUUCAUCGAGGUGCUCCAAUCGUCUUCUACUAUUGUUUCCCAGCUCCUAUCAUCCAGGAACAAGAGCGAAGUCAUCGAGGCUAUGGAUUUUUUUGUGGUUCUAGAUGCGUACAAAGUUGAAACUGCGCGAAGUGGGAUCCGACGAAUGCUUCGACUCAUUUGGACGAAAGGAAACAGUGAUGAAGGCAAAGGUGUUCAAACACAUUUAAUCGAUUGUUAUAAAGGCUUAUUCUUCGAUGCGCCGGACUCGUUCACCCCCAAUGAUGCCGCGAAUUAUAUUGCUCGGAAUAUGAUUAGUUUAACCUUUGGGUCGACUCCUGCUGAACUCACUUGUCUCGAGCAACUUCUCAGCACAAUGAUGAAGGCUGGCCACAUCUCAGAGGCCGUCAUUGCUAAACUCUGGCAAGUGUAUAGUAUACAGAAGAAGGAAAUUUCCAGGACUCAGCGCCGGGGUGCUAUCAUUGUACUUGGGAUGCUUGCUUUGGCUGACCCUGAAGUGGCCAUCAAGGAAAUUGAAGCUAUGCUGCGAAUUGGCCUUGGUAGCCUUGGAAGAGCCGAUCUGGUGCUUGCAAAAUACACGUGCAUUGCCUUGAGGCGAAUGGUCCCCGGCCGCCAGGCUAAAUCAAAAGAUGCUGGCAUUCCAAAACUUGCAAGUGACCAUGCUGUGCUAACUCAGCUCGCGGCAAUGGUUGAAGUCGUAUCAGAUAGCAAGGAAUGGUAUGGAGUGGCAGAGCAAGCUAUUAGCGCUAUAUAUACUCUCUCCAAGCAUCCCGAUGUCUUGUGCUCGGAUAUUCUGAGACGCAAGACAAGAUUCGUGUUCCAACUCCAGACCCAACGAUUUUCACCGUCAAACGCCUCAGCCGACGGGGAGGAACAGCGGCCGGGAACCGCUUCAACUGAUGGACAAGGGCCCACGCAGAAGACCAAAUCCUCCGUACUCUCUCAAUUGCUUUUCGUCGUGGGCCACGUCGCAAUCAAGCAGAUUGUCCACUUGGAAAUCUGUGAACUUGACUUCAAACGUCGUAAAGCGGAACAGGAAAAGAGCAAACCCGCCAAUCCAGCGCCUCAAAAGAGCAAUGAACCUACUGAGGAUGAUGAGCUAGACCUAAUUGGCGGAACCACCGAGGACGAUUUUACAGAUGCCAUGGCACAUAUUCGUGAGCGUGAACUCUUAUACGGGGGAAACUCUCUGCUGUCUAAUUUUGGACCAUUGGUUGCAGAGAUAUGCGCGAACAGCAACAUAUACUCUGACCGGAACCUGCAAGCAGCAGCAACUUUGUGCAUGGCGAAGCUCAUGUGUGUGUCAGCAGAAUAUUGUGAGAAAAACCUUCCUCUCCUGAUCACUAUCAUGGAGCGGUCGGAAGAUCCCACUGUCCGCAGUAAUGCAGUUAUUGCACUUGGGGACAUGGCCGUUUGUUUCAACCAUCUUAUCGAUGAGAAUACUGACUUUUUGUACCGCCGACUCAAUGAUGAUGAUGCCUCCGUUAAGCGCACAUGCCUUAUGACACUUACUUUCCUAAUUUUAGCAGGCCAAGUCAAAGUCAAGGGGCAGCUGGGUGAAAUGGCCAAGUGUCUGGAAGAUGAUGACAAGCGAAUUGCAGACUUAGCACGAAUGUUCUUCACCGAACUUGCAAGCAAGGACAAUGCAAUAUAUAACCACUUUGUCGAUAUGUUCAGCCUUCUGAGUGCAGAACGGAACCUUGAAGAAGCCUCAUUGAGACGCAUUGUGAAGUUCUUGAUUGGUUUUAUUGAAAAGGAGAAGCAUGCUCGGCAAUUAGCUGACAAGCUUGCUGCUCGACUUCCCCGGUGUGAAACUGAACGGCAGUGGAACGAUGUGGCCUACGCACUCUCUCUUCUGCCGCAUAAAAAUGAAGAUAUUACAAAAACAGUGACCGCAGGGUUCAAUAAAGUAGUCACCGCGAAUGCCUAG